CUAAUCAUCUGGCUUGAAACGAAAGAGCCAACCCCCCCUGCCCCGAAGAUUCCUUCCAUUCACUUCAUCAUCAUCAUAAUCAUCUACAGAUUCAAUUUCGUCAAAUUCUUCUCACAACCCAAAAGCCGAACGGAUCUGAUUUCAUUUCCCGUCUAACCAUCGGAAUUCUCAUCAGUUCGGGUUUUUCUUAGGGUUUCAAAUUAUGGGUACUCCUCAAGACAAGAAGCCACAAGGAGGUGGUGGAUUCUUCGCUUCGAUUGCUUCUACCCUGUCGAAUUUCGGUACCGCUAUGCAGAAAUCAGUCAACGGAUUGGUGGGUUAUGAAGGACUGGAAGUGAUAAAUCCAGAAGGAGGGACUGAAGAUGCUGAAGCAGAAGCUCAGAGAGGAAGAUGGAGGCAAGAGGAUCGAGAUAGUUACUGGAAGAUGAUGCAGAAGUAUAUUGGGGCUGAUGUUACCUCACUUGUGACUCUGCCCGUAGUUAUUUUCGAGCCAAUGUCGAUGCUUCAAAAGAUGGCAGAGUUAAUGGAAUAUUCUUACCUAAUGGAUUCAGCUGACAAGUGUGAAGAUCCACACAUGCGGAUGGUGUAUGCAUCUACUUUCUUUGUAGCGAAUUAUUAUGCACUUCAAAGAGCGUGGAAGCCUUUCAAUCCCAUCUUGGGUGAAACUUAUGAAAUGGUUAAUCAUGGUGGCAUAACUUUCUUAUCUGAGCAGGUGAGUCAUCAUCCACCCAUUAGUGCUGCUCAUGCUGAAAAUGAUCAUUUUGUAUAUGACAUAACUUCCAAAGUGAAGACAAAAUUUCUGGGGAAUUCCAUUGAUAUUUAUCCUCUUGGAAGGACUCGAGUAACCUUGAAAAAAGAUGGCGUGAGUCUUGAAUUAGUGCCGCCUCCAUCAAAAGUUAACAACUUGAUAUUUGGACGGACAUGGGUUGACUCUCCGGGAGAGUUGAUCUUGACCAACUUGACUACUGGGGACAAAGUGGUCCUUUACUUUCAGCCUUGUGGCUGGUUCGGUGCUGGUCGCUAUGAAGUGGAUGGAUAUGUUUAUAAUGCCGCUGAUGAGCCAAAAAUAUUGAUGACUGGUAAAUGGAACGAGACGAUUUCUUAUCAGUUGUGUGAUUCGGAGGGUGAGCCCCAACCGGGUGCUGAACUGACACAGGUAUGGAAAGUUGCGGAAUCUCCUGUAAACGACAAAUAUCAGUAUACCUAUUUCGCGCACAAAAUUAAUAGCUUUGAUACUGCGCCCAAGAAACUACUUGAAUCGGAUUCUCGGUUGCGUCCUGAUCGAUACGCACUUGAAAAGGGCGACUUGUCUAAAUCGGGAUCUGAAAAGAGCAGAUUGGAGGAGAGGCAACGGGCUGAGAAGAAGAUUAGAGAGUCGAAAGGCGAAAAGUUUAUUCCGAAAUGGUUCGAUGCGGAGGAAGAAAUGGUUCCAACGCCAUGGGGUGAGCUUGAAUUAUAUCGCUACAAUGGUAAAUACGAUGAAUAUCGAGCUUCUUCUUCUUCUGGAGGCAGAAUUGAAGGAGAAAAUGAUAUAAGAUCGGAGGAGUUCAACCCAUGGAAGUAUGAGGAACUUAGUUAAGGAAUGAGAUUGAUAUUUUCUAUACAUUCAUCAGAAAUAUGUUUCCUUUUGAUUUGUAAUGAACUUUACCUGUCUACUCUCUUGUAUUUGCAAAUAUGCUCUGCUUUUUAUUUGAAUCUGUUAUAUAGGAACCCUAAGGAGAUAUAAUUGUGAAAAAGUUGGAUAAAUAUAAUGAUUAUAGUUGUCACA